AUGCCUCUCGCUGUUCCAGCAUAUAAUCUAAUUAUGGAUGAUCUUGAGGAUUUGCAAGGAAAAGGUCUGUCGUCAGUAAUUGAGGAAGCUAUUAGAGUAUCGCUUAAUAAAUUAAGAUCUUAUUAUGCCAGAAGUGAUAGUCCUAUGUAUGCGGUAACUACCUUAUUAGAUCCAAGAUUAAAAAAGGCAUAUUAUGAAAAAAAUAAAUGGGAUAAAGUUUGGAUUGAUUGGGCAAUUGUAUGUUUAAAUGAAGUAUAUGAUAGUUAUGAUGAUAUUGUAGUACCAAAUACUGAUACUUAUAGCGAUAUUUCUCUUGGCCGGGUUUUCAAGAAUCUUCACUCUGAAAACGAAAUUGAUUUUUAUUUAAAAGUUCUGUAG